ACUCCAACCUAGCAUAUAUUUUUCUCACUGAUUUUGGAAUUCUAGAAAAUUAUCAUUGGUGAAGAAAAUGUACUAUACGUUAAAAAGUACUAUACGUCAUUUCCAUAGCAAACUAGGUUAUUUUUUUGUUAGAUAUCACAUAUCGUUGGUUUACUUGGAUUUUACGCUACUUAAAGAUUUUGUCCUUUGAGCAGUUUCGUAAGAAAUUAUUACUCGGUGCAUUAAAUAACACACAAAAUAUAACUUGUAUAAUUCUAAUGUGUGGGAAAUCUUUAAAGCGCUGCACAGCUAGGAUUCUCAGCUGAAGCGGAACAGUGACAACAUUUUAUACGACAAAGAAAAUCGAAACUUAUCUAAAUCUGGAUGGAUUACGAUAUACCUGAUUAACUUUCCUAUUUUUGUUAGUAGUGUCCGUGCUGGUAUGUUUCGAACAGUGAUUCAGCAUUAACCUUUUGCAUGUGUUGUAAGAAUAUUCUGAGGUUUGAGACUACUUUGAUUGGAGGUGUGGCCGUCAUAAGCAUUUAAUUACAGUCAAUAUUAAGCAGCGGUGAUUCUCGAUUUCUUCAUAGGUGAAAGGAUUUUAUCUAGAAAAUGCAUGGCGACUGCAUUUGUAACAAAGUAGAAAAUAACAGGCAUUCCUAAAACCUUCCAAAGCUGGAAGUGUCAGAUAGAAUGACGUACAAUAAUACAGGUACAGAGUCCAGCUACACAUCACCGCUAAGCACAUCCAAGCCUGUUCCUACAAAGGACGAUACAUUCCAAAAUGGUCACAGGGACUACGUGGUGGAGGACCCUGUAGUGCUGGCGGUUUUGGGAGGAAUAGGGCUGUUUGUGGUCAUAGCUAUCUUCAGAGUCAUGCACAGAAAAAUAUCGCGCCAACGACCGGAAUUGGUCGGUUCAAGGAUUGGAAGGAUUCAUCGAACCCUUUCAUCUAUUUCAUGCCUGAGAGAUGACCCUCCACCUCCGUAUCCAGGAAAAUAUUCAAAAACUAAUUUAAAUUAUCUCCCUUCGUAUGAUUCUGCACUAACAAUGGAACGAGAGAGACGCGAUGAACGACGGGGACUGACGGAUUCACCGGAAGGUGUGGCGUCCACAGUAUUUUCUAUUUCUAGUGAUAGUGAAAGUUCAAGUGCUGAUUUGCAUAUGGAUUGUGAACGGAUACAUGACGAAACAAAUGACAGGCAACAAAACGGAGCAUCCUCAUUAACAGGUGUAGGAAGAUGCGAGAGUGAACGUCAAUUGAAUAAUGUAAAUACAAACGCUCUUUUACGAAAUAACCAUGAAAGGCACAUUGAAGAUAAUUUUGUUGUACAUCAAAGCAGCAAUGCAGAAAACAGUGAAAGCUCUUCCCAAGACACUAACGGUUUCAAUAUUGGAACGAUUACUCGGGAAUAUUCAUAACCAAUCCAAGAAUGACAUAACGAUCAGAAAUGAAAAUCUUCUCUGUUUGAAUGAGUUUUGUGCAUAUUUGUCCAAAUGUAUUUGUCUGUUUGUGAUACAGAACACUACAAAUUCAGUCCCCGUACUAAUUGAUCGAAGAUCCCGAUCGUUCUUAAACUCGGCUUUGAUAGCUCUUCAGGUUACAGCAGAGAUUGCUGUUGGCAUAUGAGGCGAUAUUGUUCGAAUAAAUAGUUCAUUGUAAA